ACGUUCUUCAUAACAGCUAUGGCGAUGUAGCGAGGAGCCAGACUCGUAGCGGAAACCGAAUCGGGGCGACGCAACUGCCACGGUAUGCAUGCGUCGUUUGAGUGCUGAACGCGGGGCGCUUCGCGUGUCUCCUCGCUCGGCGCCAGCCAGUGAGUGGAGAUUUGUUCGUGGCGUAGGAACGCCUGGACGCACGGCGUGUGUUACUCGUGAGGCAUUUGCGGACUUUGAGCGAGGCUUCACAUGAUGGUACAGCGCUCGAUUGUCAGCCACGAGAGGAUUCCAUUGAUGGGAAGUCAGGCGUGCUCCAUCAUUGAUCAACCCCUCGACCGCCCCAUCUCCCCAGAGACCCUGAAGAUCUCAACGGCCAGGGUCCAGCUGUCCAGUGGUCCACAGGUCCCGGUCGUGCUCUGUCGGUC